GAUGCAGUUUUGGUUCAGUGCGCAAACAAGAGCUGGAAAAGUCAGCGCUCCUCGAAAAGCUUCUGUUUACAAAAUAUCGGUGAAAAAUAGUGAUUAAAAUUUACAACACGAAUUGGUCGUUACUAUUUAUGGAAAAUAAGUAUCCCGAACAGUUUACGGCGUUCCUGGACCGAAACUAUCCGGCUCAACCGGUUUUGGUAGGGGCCACUUCCGGUCUGGACGCACCUGCUUCAAAUCUUGCGAUGGCCGCUUCGGGUCAGACCCCAAAGACUUCCAGAGGAAAGCAACCGGAGCAGCAGGUCGCGGAAGUGCCCACCGGUAAUCCCCUGUCCUAUUGCCGGCUGUGUUUCUCGAGCCACAUCACCAGGCGGAUCAAGGUUCGGGAAAGCGUCGAGAAUUGGAUCGACUACAUCGCCCAGAAUGCUGGCAUCCAUAUGGACAUUGAAGAGGACCCGUGCUUUGCCAUUUGUUUCGGCUGUACGGCGGCGCUGGAGAGUGUGGACCAGUUUCGGGCUUCCUGCCAGAGGCACGAUAUGGCACUGAAAUUGCACCGUGCCACAUUGGUGACCGAGGAAGUCAAAGAAGUUGUAGCACCUCCCCAAGCUGGUGGGUUAGUAAUUUCCAAUGUAAUGACGCUGGCGCCUGAACCGAUUGUAAUCAAGGUAGUUCAACCUGAUCCGGUUCCGGUGGAGCCACCGCCGCCGCCGCCUCCACCGCCUCCACCAUCUGAAGAACCAGCUCAGCUGUUAGUUGAAGAACCUCCGCCACUGAAAGCGAAGUGGACUAUCAAUUGUCACGCAUGCGACAUCGAAAUUGAAUUCGGAAUGGCAUACACGAAGCACAUGAAGAAGUUCCAUCGCAAAGGUGGAAAAUUUCUACAGUGUCCGAUGUGUGAAAAACGGUUCCGAAAGAACGAACUCUUCCAAGCUCACGUGCAACAGCAUAAAACGCCAAACGCCAGACUAUACGGCAAUAUGGUUAGAAGGUGUAGGGUAUGCAAGGAUUCUUUCCCCAGCACGACUGAGCUGAAUGAUCACCAACUGAACCAGCAUGGCAUGAAGUUCCUGUGUCGGGUUUGCAACACGAGAUUUGCUUCGGUGCAGGAGAAAUCGGUCCACAAGCUGCUGCACAAGGCGGGCCUGCCGAAGCGUGUUUUCCAGUGUAAAAUCUGUAAACGGGUUUUCCGGAACGGUCACCGCCUCAACAACCACAUCAACCUGCACAAUCGGUACUUUGUCUGCCCAAUCUGCGGAAAACCUUGCAACGGAAUGGAACAGUACGUGGAACAUCAAUCGAACCAGCACCAGAACAGCUCGGCCCUGUCGCAAUGUGUCCCGUGUCGGCUUACCUUCCAGAACUAUGCCGAAAUGCGGGUGCAUUUGGUGGCGAAACACACCGGAUACGAUCCCAAGGCAGUAGACGACGACGAAGACGAUGAUUCGGAAUCCAGCGACGACGGUGUCUCCAAAAGUCAUCAACAGCAGUUGGCGGUUGUGGAAACGGUAAGCCUGUCGGAUGACGAUGCCCAAGAGGAGCCACAACCAACUGAGGACGAUCUGUUUCCGGUGUAUUUGGACGAAGGAGGAGAGCCAGAGGAUGGCACGAGUGGCACAGGCAAUGCUCUAGUAGAUGAUGAUCUUGUCUUGGAGGAUACCCCCCAGCUGGAUAGCGGGUUCGAUCUAUACGGGACGGCUUUUCCGCAGCAGAUUACCAUCACGCUGGAUGACGAUUCGGGGUAAGUUAACGGUGUUUAAUGUUUUAGAGUAUAGCAAUAAAUUGAUUGGAACGAA